AUGGACAAGACCAUAUAUACAACAUUUGGCAGAACAACAGAGAGAUCGGUGGAAAUCGAUGUGCCCAGAAUUGAGAAAUUAAAGUUUGAAGACAACAAGUCAGGUUCUUCAUGGAAAUUCAUCUUUGACAAAAUCAUUCAUAAUAAAAAUGAAGACGGUGAUAUCUCAGAAAUGAUCAGCAAGGCAAGGGAAAAACACAAGACUCUCUCCAAAGCAGCUUCAUUAAAUAGAGAAAAGAAGAAAUAAGAGGAAGAGAAACAAAAGGGCAAAGUUCUCCCAGCGGGCUCAAGACUCUAUGAAAAAGUCCAGCAUCAAAAACAACCCUCAGAAAUUUGAAUUUAAUCAGAGUAUUCAACUGCUCAAUACAUUUGGAGGCACUGAGGAUAUAAGACCUUCACAAGACAAAGGCAGUCCUCAGAGAAGACACACUUCUAACAACAAAAGCAACUUUAUAUUCCCAAUAAAGAGAAGACUCAGUCAGAAGAAGAGAAUCACCUCGAAAGAUUUAAAUUAAUGAUCUUCCCCAACAAGGAAAUCCUGAAUUUGGCCCUAUA